GGGGGGGGGAGAGGAGGGAAGUUAGGUUGCGCUGAGGUAGGUCGGUGGGUCGGUCAGUCAGUGAGUUGAUCGGUCGGUCGGUCGCUGCGAGGGGCGGUUUGCCGGAGCCGAGUGGACGGUGUUUUAACGACUUGGUGGCGGCGGCGGCGACGGCGGCGACGUCUGGAGGAUGACUCGUGGCAAUCAGCGAGAACUUGCUCGUCAGAAAAAUGCAAAAAAAAGCACUGACCAGACUAAAGGGAGAAGAACUGAUGGUCUGUCUGCUGCAGCCAGAAAGCAGAGGGAUGCUGAAAUAAUGCAACAAAAGCAGCAAGCGGCGGCUAAGGAAGGCCAAUCUGCUCCAAAAGGUGGUGAAGGGGGUCAGGGGGCUUCAAAGUAACCCUGGAGACUUUACUUGUACCUGGCUGUCUCCCCAGGUUUUACGAAGACGAGUACUUGUAACGAACUUCAGCUUUCUGUCUGCAACUAUUGAACGUAUUCAAACCUAUGGUUUCAAUACUUCAGAAAAUUGCAUUCUUGUAUCUUUCCUGUGGGAUUAUACAGUGUGUAGGCUCAACCAAUGCCUUGCAGAAUGUUUACUGAUGCAGUAUUAAAUCUUGCUGUAAAGGUACACUUCCUGCAUGAGCAUAAGUCACUGGAAGUAUUGUAAGCAAAAAUGCUUCUUUUGGAUUUUACGUGACCCAGCCUUGUAUUUUUGUAUCAAAGCUAAUCCUUUCAAUUCUAUUUAAUAAAGACAGCCUUUUGGUUGAUGUAGGUGUUUCUGUGAAUGCCUAUAUAGAUUUGUCACUUUUUUUGUUAAGAUGCUUGUAAAGAGUGAUUGGAAUUAUAAAUAGACCAGUUUAAAAUGUU